AUGGACACACCAUUUGUUUGCAUCGCCCACCCCUUCGAGUCCGCGGGAAACAUCUCCCACGCCUACGAGUACGGCCCGGUGAAGGCCCGCAAGGCCAUCAUCUUUGUCGGCGGCUUGGGUGAUGGACCUCACACGGUUCCAUUCGUUCGACCUCUGGCCACUCACUUGGAGGAGUCGGGGCUGGACUAUUCGGUCUUCGAAAUCCGCAUCAGGAGCUCCUUCACAGGCUUUGGCUACUCGAGCCUCAAGAAGGACGUCGAAGACAUUGCGGCCUUCGUCAGGUACCUCAGAGGCAUCGAUAAGCAGAAAAUUGUGCUCAUGGGCCACUCGACGGGAUCCCAGGAUUGUGUCGAGUACGCCGCGAAUGAGGACGAUCCCGUCGAUGGCUUUAUCUUGCAGGGGCCCGUGUCAGACCCGCGAGGCCGCUGCCAUCCACGUGGACGCUGA